CAGUGCUGCGAGUUUACACACCAUGCGUUCAUUGUGAGCGAUUCCAUCAAUCGUACUCGACGAUUUCGAUGGCCCAUCUCCGGAAAGGAGGCUGAGGUUUGCGCUGGACAGGUGUAGCGACUGUACCCUUGGUCUCAGUCCACCUUGCGUGCCAGUGAUGACUCUCGGGUUGGGAGCCUUCUCGGUAUGCGAUUAUCUCAGGUGAAACCUCCCGGUCACCGAUGUCCGAAGGGCGAUCAUGGCUUUGCAUGUAGCGCGUUAGAUCUGACACUUUUCUGGUAUCUUCGGCUUUGUUAGGAUUGAGAGCUGCCCAAGAAUGAGAUAUUGUGAGAUCGUGUGUAGAGCGCAGGCGGGGAGGCGCAUUGGACGCCACACGUGGGGGCCUGGUCGGAUGUCCGUUGGAACCAGUGUUAACGUGAAAACGCCGAGGCAUGUCAAUUCCCUUUGCCGUAGCUUGGAUAUUGGGCACGAGCCUCAUGGGGAUGCUGGCUGGUCGAAUAUGUGGAGCAACACUGAGCGCCACACUCGAGGGCGGAGACAAAGUCAUGAAUACGCCACUGCUUCUUUGUCCUCGAGCAAUAAGGGUGUAUGGAGUGGAGGAAGAAGGGAGGGGACGAGAAAGGCUCGAACGCGAGAUGCGGUUCCAAUUCCAGCGCCUAUUCCACUGUGCCGGGAUUGGCUAGGGUGCGCGUGGCGGGUGAGCCACUCGAACUCAUGUGCAAGCAAGGUGCGAGAGUGGUAUCUCCUGGAGGGAAUCCUUUGUCUAUCUAUCGUACUCUGCCUGAUGCGAACCGAUACGUCCACUGGGUCGAUGAGGCAUCGGCAAGAUCAGGCCGCGCCUUGAACAUUCCUUUUGUAAGUUUCGAGCGGAUUGUUCUCCUACUGAUUUCAACUGUCCAUCUCCUUAACUAGUUUGGUUCUCAUUUUCUUAUUCCACUUGUUCGAGGGACAUCGC